AGUUAUUUUUGUGAUAAAAUUAUAUUAAUUCUCUAAAUACGCACUAGAACUACGUGAUAACACGAAAUAGAUCUCUUUAAAGACAUUGAAACGAACAUAAAAACACAAAAAAAUUAGGAAUCUUAUUUGGUGUGUAGGGAUGAAGUGAAUAAGAAGAAUAAUAAGAUGCCGAAUAAAAAGAGGCGUGGUGGUUCCGAUACGAAACACGCAAAGGGGUCUUCGAAAGGUGGUGGCGGCGGCGGAACAUUAACAAAUAAUAAGACUGAAAAGAAACCAGUAAAGACUGACAAAAAUAGACACGACCUUGAUGACAAUAAAUCCAAUACGGAACGUCGUCGUACUUAUUCAAAUAAUAAAAAGACGAGUAACAACACCACCACCACCAACAACAGCAGCAGUAAUUGUGAUGAAGUAGAUGCAACGGUUACAAUUCGACAUGAUGUCGUAGUUAACUUAAAUAAUAGAACCGCGAUAGUCUCGGAUGUGAAACGUUAUAGUGAUAGCUUCAUCCAAGCAGGUUGUAAUAAAAUUGACAAGAUCGAUGGCAAUUUGUCAAGAUCGCGUAGCGGAUUUUUAACAGAUGACGAUAAGGAGUCACCGAAAAGUGACAAAUCUGACAGAAAGUCCAGAAGAUUUAGCGAUAUAUUUCGGUACGGGGCAUAUCGUACGGAUUUGGACGUAAUUAAGAAUCAAGAGGAACGGAAGAAGAUGAUCUCAUCUUCUUCUGGCGAUACAAAAAAAGGAAAAAUUAAUAAUACCGUCAAAUCGGCAACCGGUAACAGGAAUUUAGCGAUGGUCGGAGGUACCCCAAAUAAACCCGAAAAAACUCUCUCUACCUGUUCCGAUAGCAACAACUCGUAUCUGAAACGGGUCAAGUCGAAAAUAUGUCGGACGAGAACGGACGAUCCAUCGACGAUAUACGAAAACGAUGAGAACUUAAAACAGAGAAACAACUUGCGAAGUUCGGUUUCGCAUUUUGAUUUUAGACUCAUUCGACAAACAUCGAAUUUGGAAAAAGUUGUUAGACCUAGCGUUUUAGGUCACAAAAAGUGCGCGUCGAAUGUUGGCGUUGGUGAAACGAUCAGCGACGAGAAGCCCGUUCUCGCCAAAUCGAAAUCGAGCAGUGCCAUCAAUUUGGGAUUGUUGAGGACUCGUCGUAAUAAAAUCUUGGAACAGAUCAAGAAAAACGUUAAACCGGCCGAAAACGAAUUCGAUUUUAUUGCAUUUACAAGAUCUCACCGUGAUAAGAACGAUUUUAUUGAGGAAUCUGUUCAAACUACACUGCCAAAAACUACUUCUUCAGGUGAUAUGAAACCGAAUCAAUCUUUAACUAGAACAGAUUCGGAUCGUAGACCGGACGCAAAGAACGAAAACACGAGUCAAGGAAGUCAAGAACAUAUUCAAAAUGACGAAGAAUCUGUAACUACAAUGGAAAACACGAAAAGUCUUCCGCCGUUUACUGACAAAAAGAAAAAUGCAAGUUCAAUUAAUCGAUCGGAAAGUGUAAAAGAAUCGUCAGAUAAGCAAAAGAACGAAAGGAAACAACAAAGGCGGAAUAUUAGUGAUCCACUUCAUAAUACCAGUGAAUCGGGAACUAUUGAUUCGAACGAUUUGCCAUGGUCCGGAAGUACAGGAAGUUCAUCAAACACAAGCAUUAAUUCAAAUUCUAGGUAUUCUAAUGAAAGUCCUACUGGAGGUAAUGGAGGUUGUGACAGCGAUGGAAAUAACGAAACGGAUUAUCUCGAUUGGCAAAGUGGUCUUCCUGAAGAAGAACUUCAAAAGCUCUCUUCACACGAAAAAGAAAGACAAGAUAUCAUAAACGAAUUAUUUUAUACCGAAAAGUCUCACUUACGAAAUCUCGAUAUUUUGAGUCGAAUAUUUUUAAAAGGUAUAAAAGAAAAAAGCCUAUUAAAAGAAGAAGAGAUACAACUAAUAUUUCCUAAUUUACCGGAUUUAUUAAAAAUCCAUGGUAAGUUUAAAUGCAUUUUAAAAAAUAAAAAGAUUCGCGAUGGUAUAAUUUGGAAGAAUAUCGGCGAAAGUUUAUUAACGAUGUUCGAAGGAGAAUUAGGCGAAACUUUACAAAAGGUUGCGGCAACUUUUUGUGAGAACCAACAGUGUGCCUUAGAAUUAAUUAAAGAGAAACGACGCAAAGACUCCAAGUUUAGUAUGGGCCUAAAUGAACUGGAAAAGAACAACGAUUGCCGACGGUUAACGUUACAAGGAUUUAUCGUCUCCGAAAUGCAAAGGCUCGCCAAGUAUCCAUUGCUUAUUGAAAGACUUAUCAGCAUUUUAGAGAAAAUUGAGUCAAACUCUCAAGAUCUCGAAUACUCUCAAGUUGAAAUGAAUAGUUUAACGCGAGCGCAUGAUCGGGCCAAAGAAAUUAUUAAUUAUAUUAAUGAAGCUGCUGCUAAAGCUUGGUGUAAAUAUCGACUAGAAGAAAUACAAAACCAUUUGGAUACUAGUUUAUUUAGUACGUCUUCUAAUAAAGAAAUUGUUAAUGAAUUUAAAAGUAUUGACUUAACUAAUUACAAUUACGUUUAUGAUGGUCCCGUUCAUUUAAAAAGACAGAACAAAGCACACUUGCAGGUCCAUAUGGUGCUACUAGAGGAAUUCGUUGUACUAUUACAGCGCGAUAGUGAACGUUACUUGCUGAAAUUUUUUCAAAAUGGUAAACCGGGACAACCGCCUUUAGCUCCUAUUAUUAAAAUGUCGACACUUUUAGUGAGAACAAACGCAGCGUUCGAAAGUUCAUUAUUUUUGGUAAACACAUCUGCGAGUUCAAUGUACGAAUUAUUAACGCGAGAUAGUUCAGAAAGAAAAACAUGGUUUACGCAUCUAUCGAAUGCAGUAGAAUCGUUUAAACAACCGGGUGGUAAAACGAAAACUUCUGAGCCUGACGAGGAAGAGACUGUCGAUGAACUUCCUAAUUUACAAGACGCUAUCGAGAGGGCGGAAACGAUCGGUAGUGACACAUCGGGAAGCGAUGCUGAAAGGAAUUCAUCAUCAUCGCAAGUAAGAAGUACGGAAACUAAUAACACUUCUUCUCACGAGGACGAUGAAUCAACUGAUGGAAAAUCAGAUAUAACAGUCGUCGAAAAAAAUGAUAUCGAAAUUAAUGACGAUGUUAAUUCAAAUGGUGGUGGAGUUUCGAGAAAGUUUACAACUGAGGAUUGGCCGCUUAUUCAACCUUCUGAAGUGCACGCAGAUAUUCCUCCUGUACAUUCUGCCGAUAUUGUUUUAACGCCCAUAGAACAAAUUAAAAGAAAAGGAGAUGAAGUAUCGAAAGCGAUCGAUGAAAAACAAAAUCUCUGUGCUGACGUUCUCAACAUCGAUAGAAAAGACUUCAAAAUCAUUGCGGAUAUGACGUCAGAGGCGAACACUCGUGAUCCCAUCGACCUUGUGAUUGCUUCAAUGAAUCAAGUUUCGGCUGAAACUGUACCCGAAAUAUUUUUUAGGGUUAAAUACAAGACAAAAUCCAAGGAUUUUAAUAAUACUGUAUUCACCACAAAAUGGUUUACGCAUCUAUCGAAUGCAGUAGAAUCGUUUAAACAACCGGGUGGUAAAACGAAAACUUCUGAGCCUGACGAGGAAGAGACUGUCGAUGAACUUCCUAAUUUACAAGACGCUAUCGAGAGGGCGGAAACGAUCGGUAGUGACACAUCGGGAAGCGAUGCUGAAAGGAAUUCAUCAUCAUCGCAAGUAAGAAGUACGGAAACUAAUAACACUUCUUCUCACGAGGACGAUGAAUCAACUGAUGGAAAAUCAGAUAUAACAGUCGUCGAAAAAAAUGAUAUCGAAAUUAAUGACGAUGUUAAUUCAAAUGGUGGUGGAGUUUCGAGAAAGUUUACAACUGAGGAUUGGCCGCUUAUUCAACCUUCUGAAGUGCACGCAGAUAUUCCUCCUGUACAUUCUGCCGAUAUUGUUUUAACGCCCAUAGAACAAAUUAAAAGAAAAGGAGAUGAAGUAUCGAAAGCGAUCGAUGAAAAACAAAAUCUCUGUGCUGACGUUCUCAACAUCGAUAGAAAAGACUUCAAAAUCAUUGCGGAUAUGACGUCAGAGGCGAACACUCGUGAUCCCAUCGACCUUGUGAUUGCUUCAAUGAAUCAAGUGGAUCUAAUAUUUAAGGCUGUGAAUGAGUCGUUAACGGUAACAGACGCUGAACUAAUAAAAGGUGGCACAACGCCAUCGUGUACGAGUCAAAAGAAUUUUAUUCAAAACGAUUACCAUCGUUACCCGUCAGAAAUGAACGACGUUAAGGAAGCUGCGACGAAACUUAACAGACUACUUACGGAAUUAUUAGAAGUCGUAAAAGAUAAGGAUGAAGAAUAUUUAAGGCUUAGGAGAGAACAGGAAAAAACGCGAGAACAAUUACAUGCGCGAUUAUCUCUUGAAUGUAGUUCGCAAGAGAUAAAUAAAGAUGUAGUUGAUGUUUCUGCUGAUGUAUCACAGACUGGGGACUUGGAAAGCAUAGAGGAAAGUCUAACGGAGAACGAUAUGAAUUAAUUUAAAUGAAAAAGAGACAAUUUCGAUUCUAUUAAGUUAUUUAAUUAAAAAAGUACUUUGUAUAGUUAUUAUUUUGUUGAUAAGUUUUAAUUUAUAAGAGAUUUCCAUGUUAUAACCCUAUUAUAAGCGUAAUUAUAUUAGUUGCAACUUCAGUUUGAAGAAGAAAAACUUAUUUUUGUAGCAAAAAAAUCAAUGUUUUUAAUACCGAUAAGUAAUGUAUUGUUCUAAAGUCUAAACGCAUGCCCAUAGUAAGUUAUUUUCAUUUCUCUCGCCAUUCUUUGAUCUAUUUUUUUAUUAUUUUUUCUUAUCUUUAUAUGCUACUGUCAAAAACAAUACCUAAAGUAUUAUAUAAUUAUUUUAUGCUUUACAACUUUUUUUAAAGGGUUUGUGCAAAAUAUCCAAUUUUAUUGUUAUUAUACAUACAAUGUUAUUAAAACAGUAGAUGUAGGUAAAAGAUACCUUUUAGUUGGGCUAUUUUUCAAUAUAACUGUUUCUGUUGUAGAAUUUUCCUGUGUACCUGAGUACCUAAUGUGUAUAAUUAAUAAAGUAUCUCUAGUUGAUCCAUAUAUCCAUACUGUUUUUAUUAUAAUUAUUAAUUUCUUUUUCUAUAUAAAAACGCAAAUUAUUUAUGUUGUGUAACAGUUUGUAUUGCUUUUUGCCAGUAGUGUAUUAAUUAAUUAUUGUAAUUGUGAUGCAACAAAUUUUUGCAUUUUUUUCUUUUUCUUAUUUUUUCUUACAAAUGUGGAAAAUCAAUUUUAUUGUUAUAAUCAUUAUGUAAAUUUGGAUACCUACAUGAAAUAACAUAAUACAUUUUUAUUGUAUAUAAAAUGAGCAUUGAAUUUAUUAAUGUGAAUAAAAUUAAUUAAAAUAUCCA